AGCCCUCAAAACUUCCAGGGUUCCGUUCCGAUAGCGCCACCUUUCCAUUUCGUGACCGGUGAUGGAUGUCACGGCCAGGAGGGCUGCCAGGAUCCUCCUGGGCGCCGCCAGUGUGACUCUGCAGGGCUGCGACGUGCCCACGCACGCGGUAGGGCAUUGGCAGACCUUGGAGAGCUACUUGGAAACCUACCAGGCGGCUGCCCCGGGCCAAGCCGCGACGCUCAACGGCUGCUCCCUGGAUAGCCCCAGAUAUCUGCAGUGCAACGGCCACGGCGUGUGCACGUCAUGGCUGAAGGAUCCGAACUCCGACAAUGCAACGGAGGUGGCCUCUUCGCUGAAGUUCUGCCAGUGUGAGGAGGAGUGGGCGGAUCCCAACUGCCAGACGCCUCGGAAGUCCCAGCAGAUCGCGUUCCUCCUCUCGAUGUUUGGAGGAUUCUUGGGUCUGGAUCAGCUCUACCUGGGAUUCUUCUUUCCCUACGGCCUGCUCAAGCUCUUGACCCUCGGCGGCGCGGGGCUCUGGUGGAUCUACGACUUGGUUCGGAUUGGGUCCAGCCCCGUAGCCACUGCGGCGAACUUCCAGGUCGCUGAGAACGUACCACACUGGGCCUUCGUCCUGUCGUCCACGGCCUUCUUCGUGGCUUUGGCCUUCGUGUACAGCGCCUGGUCGAUUCAGCGGCAUCGGGUGCAGAAGCAGAGAGAGGUGAUGAUGCUGCAAGCGGAGAGCGCGUCUUUGGAGUCGCAGCGGCAUUUCUCAGGAUAUGGUUCGACACUCGGCUGAGCCGUGGAGCGCUUUGCGCGCGAGUGGUUCAAGAGAAGCUGAGA